CUUAUUUCCUGCCUCUUGUCAUAGCGUUUCGUUGUAUCUACUGAGUUUAGUUAAUCUUGUCCAGUAAAUGGUUAUGGAUGAGGGUGACUUGAAACUGCUGGUGAAGCUAACUCAGGAGGGACGGUUAAUCUGUCUGCAGAAACAUGUGAAAUCAUGGAGCCCUGCAGCUGCUGCUUCUAUCAGCAGCACACACUUCGGGCGCUCCGGAGACACUCUGCUGCACUAUGCCUCAAGACACGGACGCUUGGAUGUUAUGGAGUUCCUUAUAAAGCAACUUGGCGCAGACGUAGAUGUGUACAAUAAUGGCUAUAAGAGACCGCUGCAUGAAGCCGCCUCUAUGGGCCAUAUAAAGUGUGUGAGCUAUUUAAUGGAGGAAGGAGCUACCGUAGACAGCCUAAAAAAAGGCGACUGGACUCCCCUUAUGAUGGCAUGCACUCGAAGGAACCUUGAUGUGAUUCAGAAGCUGCUGUCCUACAGUGCAGACCCCAGGUUGCAAAACAAGGAUGGAUGGAACUCAUUCCACAUCGCCUGCAGGGAGGGCGAGCCUCUGGUUGUGGAAUACCUGCUGCAUGCUUCGCCAGACUUUUGGAGGACUGAAAGCAAGACUGGCAGAACACCGCUGCACACUGCAGCUUUGCACGGCUGUGUGGAGGUCGUUAGCAUCCUGCUGGAGAGGUGUAGCUACAGCCCAAAUAGCACAGACAGCUGCGGAGUCACGCCUUUCAUGGACGCUCUCAGGAACGGACACCUCCCUGUGGCGCGGCUGCUUUUAGAGAAACACCAGGCAUCUCCGAUGGCAGCUGAUGUACUCGGUACUCAGCCGCUGCAUCAAGUGGCUGUCACUGGUCAGGAGGAAGCCCUACGUUUUCUGGUGCAGGACCUGGGUGUGGACAUUAACCAGAGAGCCACCGCCAUCCAACUCACCGCCCUGCAUUAUGCUGCAAAGGAAGGCCAUGCUGCCAUGAUAAAAACAUUGGUGGAACUUGGAGCAGACCUUCACGCUCGGGACAAUAAAGGACGCACUGCUCUUCAUAUGGCUUGCAUUGGGCAAAAUGCGGAAGCAGUCAGGAUGCUCUUUCAGCUUGGCCACAAGGAUUCUAAGGAUGCCUCUGGUGCAACAGCACGACAGCUGGCAAGGAAGCAGGACGUGGUGCGACUGUUUGACGGGCCAGAAACAUCAGAUGGUGGAUCAUUAUGAAAACAAACACAAAGUUGCAACUUUGAAAGCCUGAAAAGCCUGAUCAGAUUCAGGCUCAGUAAGCCGGAGGUAAACUCACCUCCCCGAUGUGACAGCACUGAUGAUAUCACUUCAUUCUCAUUUGCCUGUGCAGUUCAUUGGACAAUAAAAUUGUGAUAAAAAGUGUUUACUGUGGUGCUUGUGGUAGAGUAUGGACUUUUUGUAAAGAUGUAGUUAAUAAAUCUAUAACAGAAAAAUCUUUGAUUUCUCUAACAGUUUAGGAUUCAGAGAUGUACUAUGACUAUGAACCUCUAUUUCAGUUGCUCAUUCUUGUGAAAAGGCUUUCCUGUGAAAUUAUGGUGUCUUAUUGUGUCUUAUUAUAUUCUAUGUUUUACAUUUUG